UCUUCUUGUUCUUCCUUUCUUUUCCUCCUGUCUUCCUUCUGAAAAGUUAUGGUAAUCUCUCUUCCAAAAGCCUUGAAAGCACCUUCUUUUGCCUUGGUUUUCUCUGUCUUUGUUUGUUUCCUUCUCUUGUUCCCCUCGUCUCUCUCCGUAUUCUGUUUUCUUCAUGCCUUCCUUCCUUCCUUCCUAUGGUUCUUUGAAUUUCAGGGAUUCAUUGGGGUGAUUAAUGGUAACCCCUCGAUGGAAGUAGCAUCAUCGUCGAGGCCCGUGUCUGUGAGCUUGCAAGAGAUCAAGACUACUACUUGUGGAACCACGACGACAAGCAGGCCGCAAAAGGAUCAAGCCCUGAACUGCCCAAGGUGCACUUCGAGCAACACCAAGUUCUGCUACUACAACAACUACAGCCUCUCUCAGCCCAGGUACUUCUGUAAGACCUGCAGGAGGUACUGGACCGAGGGUGGGUCCCUCAGGAAUGUCCCCGUGGGUGGUGGCUCCAGGAAGAACAAGAGACCCUCUUCGUCGACUUCUUCUUCACCAUCAUCGAAGAUCAUCAAGCUUCCUGAAAACCCUAAGGCCCAUGAAGCCCAACAAGACCUAAACCUGACAUACCCACCCGAUACCACUACUACUACUGAUCAACACAGUCUCAGGAGCAGCAGUGGAAUUAUUGCUUCUUCUUCAAUGGGAUUGAGCUUAAGCUCCUUCAUGCCGCCCAUGCCUGUAGUAACUGACUCAAGCUCCAAUUUUUAUGCAGCCGGUGGCUUAAAUUUCCAUCAUCUUCUUGGACUCAAACCACCGACAACCUCACUGGGUAGUUUUUCUGGGGAUGGGUUCGAGAGUGCUGGUUUUCUUGGGAACCUCCAAGGGUUGCAAGACAGUGGCAAUGGCGAUAACAAUAAUGAUGGCGCAAAGCUGUUUUUCCCUGUGGAGGAUGGUUUGAAGCAUCAAGUGACUGCAACUACUGGUGUUGAUGGUCAGUUUGGUCUUCAAAGCAGAGGACAAGGAGAUCAUUCAAAUGGGUAUUGGAAUGGAGUGUUGGGCACUGGACGAUCAUGGUGAUCGAUUGAGAAAGAUUAGUAUUCGAUCAUGAUCAUCACACACUAUUCAAGGGUUUGGUUUUUUUUACCUUUAACGUUUCAUUUCUUCUCUUGGGAUUGGAUCAACUUGGUUGGGUUGGAGAGUUUGAUGGGAACUAACAAUCAGGGUAACAUGGUGUUUUUCACCCUCUCCUUUCUUUCUCUUGCUUUAUUAUUCUCUCUCUCUCUCUCUCUCUCCUUUGUCUCUGAAGCUAGUCUUGGAAUACUGUAUUAUGUGUUCUCAAGCAUGGAAUGGAGAACUGGAGAUUAGCGUAAACGAAGUCAAAUGGUCGUUACUAGGUUUUGUAUAGUUUCAAGAUGUCUGAACGGUUUGAUUUGGUAAAUCAUCUGUACGAGUAUGUUCGCUGUUACCUUCUUUUUUCCUUUUCUCC